UGCGCUGAUAUGUUUCUGCUGGUGUUGUUUCUACACGGAGGCUUUAUGGUAACGGACCACAUAAACAUGACAGCUGAGAAGGAAAACGCGAGUUUGAAUGUCAUCUCCUCUACGGCCAUGGAAACUGUCAGUGAAGACAAACUACAGGUCUUAAAAGGUGCCGCCUUUCUGGGUACCGUGGGCUCCGCAGGGAUAAUCGCAGGAUUUGGUUCGUCGUUGGCUCUCGCCAAGAAGAAAAGCCCAGGCUGGUUUAGUAAGGGGGUCAUGCCUACGGCGGCGGUCCCAGAGAGCGGGGCUUCUCUGGCCCUGAGGGCGCUGGGCUGGGGGUCGCUGUACGCCUGGUGCGGCGUGGGCCUGCUCAGCUUCACCGUGUGGAAGGCCCUGGGCGUUCACAGCCUAUCAGAGUUCAGAUUGAAGAUGGCCGCCAUCUUCCCUUCCAUCCCCAAGAGCCCGCAGGAAGAGGAAGGUUCGGAGCAGCCGGACUGGGACGGCAUCUUUAACUCCAAAUAAACGGCUGCUGGUUGAUUUGGGGAGGCCCUAAAACAGACUCAAGACUUUGAAGUUCCAUUGUUGUGUUUCAUUAAGACAGUGCGUAUCAUCCUAAGGGCUGCACAGUAAGACCAUUCUGUUAGGGUGGAUCUUGGACUUAUGGUUGACCGGAGAACUCCUCGUACCGCCGACAUGGGGAGGACUUUGGACCAAGGGACUGCCUGGGUCUGCUGAACACUGACACCCAGUUCUCAUGGACAGAACCAUCUUUUGAAGAACAGUGGUUGCGUGUCUUAAGCCUGUCGUUAUGUUGCUGAGAAGAGACUGGAUGCACUUUAAAACAGGGCAAUGCACUAAACUUGGGUCUUCACUUGUAUGCAUUGCUUAAGAGUUUUAUGAGAGAGAUUUAGCCCAAACAGUGGUCACAGUGCAACCAGAUGCCAUGUACAUUUAUUAUUUCAUCAUGUUGUGAAACAGGUGUAUAAAGAUAAGGAAUAAACAGCGGGCAUCUUCUCUUUACAUUGGUUGAAUUGUUGAAACCUGGCCAACCGUUAACAAUUUUCAGCUGUACAGCAAGACUAGCAUGUUAAUGUUUACGUAAAAAAUGAUAUUUUUCAUGACAGCACCACACACAUGUCCCGAUAAGUCUCGAUAAAUCCCGUUCAUGUACCGAAAAGGACAUUUGUGAGUUGUAACGUCCAUUAUUAUUAUUAUUAUUUUAAGUUAUCCAUCUCCAUUACGGUGUCGACCCCACAGCCUCUUCAGCGAGGAAGACAAACAUGUACAACUUUAUUUACACGUGGGGCCCGGACGCUGAUGGUCGUGAAGUGACAGUUGAAAGUGAUGCAUAAAGAUGGAAAAUAAACCUAAAACAGAACUUUG